AUGGGCUCCGACAAAUACGAGUCCAAAGUCGAGUGGCAAGGGCCGGUACCUGCACACUACAAGAAGUUUCAACGAAUUGCGCUCGGGUGCCUCACAACCAAACACCCCCUUCGACGAAUAUGCAUCAAGAUCGUCACGUGGAAGUGGUUUGACCGGUUCAUCGUGUUCUGCGUCGUGUUCAACACCGUCAUCCUGGGCCUGACCGACUACACGGACGCAUGGGUCGAAGGGCCCAACACAACGAUCUGGAUCAACUGGUUCAUCGACAGCUGCAACGGCGUCAGCUUCUACAUAUUUCUCGCCGAAGCCACGGUCAAAAUCAUCGCGAUGGGGUUCUGUUUCGGCGAACGUGCAUACCUCAGCGAAGGCUGGAAUCGACUCGACUUUGUCAUCGUCGUAUCGGGGCUGCUGUCCAUCAUGAACAUCAAAGGUAUCAAAGUCGGCUUCAUCCGAGUGCUGCGCGUGAUGCGGCCGCUGCGAACGCUCCACUCGCUACCAGGUCUGAAAGUCCUGACCAACUCGUUGCUGGCCAGUUUACCGGCCCUGGCCAACGUGUUUGUGUUGCUCAUGUUUUGCAUGCUCGUGUUUGGCAUCCUCGGCAUGGAGAUUUAUCGCGGGUCGAAUCAUUUUCGGUGUCGGGUGACGCCGUUCCCCGUCGUGCUGCCGCCCAACGGCACGUUCAAUUACCCGCCGAAUGCGUCGUACAUUUCGAUGGUGCAGAACGAUCCGAACCAGUUCAUGUGUCGGUUCCCGAACGGCACGCAGAUCUCUCAGCUGAUUGACGUGUGGGACGUACCCACAGACUGCUUUUGGCCCGUCGACGCGUCAGAGGUCAUCCCGAUGGUGUGCAACCAAGAGGCCGAAGUCGGUCGGCAAUGCCAAGGGGGCGCCGUGUGCGGCUCCAACUUCGACGCGAGGGGCAAUCCCCGCUUCAACUACCUCCUCCAACCGCCGUGGGACGGCAACAUCAACGACGACGCCCUAUUUAAUUCCAACCUGAACUACGGCCUCCCGAGUUUCGACAACCUUGGCCGGACGUGGCUCAUUCUCCUCCAGACGAUCACGGCGUCCGGGUGGAUGGUGUUGACGCAAACGACGCAAAGCACGGGGAGCCCUGUGGUGGCUGGCAUCUACUUCAACGCGCUGCUGUACAUUGGGAUGUGCUUUCUGCUGCAGCUCAACAUGGCCGUGUUGUUUACCGAGUUUGAGAAGGCAAAGGACCUGCAAGCCAAGGUGCUGAAGAAGCAACAUACUGUUGCCAUGCAGCACGGAGACGUGGUCAUCCAGUCGUCGAUGGGGCGACGGUGGCUCGACUUUCGCAAAAAGGUGCUGCGUAUCGUGACGUCUCGGCUGUUUAGCAAUGUUGGCCUUGCAAUCACGGUCGCCAACAUCCUCGUCCUCGCCAUGGACUACCACGAUAUUGACUCGUCGACUCAAAACACCUUUGAAGCAGUGAAUUUUGUCUUUAUGCUGUACUUUGGCGUCGAGUCGAUGUUGAAGAUCAUCGGGCUCGGGUUGCGCCGAUUCUGGACGGACAAGUUCAACCGAUUCGACUUGCUAACAUUUGUGAUGGGAGUCAUCGAAGCCGCGACCAAUCCUCCUGCUUUGUUCGAUGGCAACCCUGGCGGCCACGGUUUCUUUACAGCGCUACGCGCCGCGCGCGCGUUCAAGCUUGCUCGAAAGUGGAAAUCACUCAACCAGCUGCUGUCGGCCAUUGUUAACUCGAUGGGCGAGAUUCUCAACUUUAUGCUGUUUCUAUUGUUGUUCAUGCUCAUCUUUAGUCUUGUCGGCAUGGAGCUGUUUGCGACGCGGUACCAGUUCAGUCCAGACAAUUUCUCGAUGCCAUUCAACAAUACAGACCCACAGACGUGGCUGCACCGUUCCAACUUCGACUCGAUCGUGUGGGCGGCGUUCACUGUAUUUCAGUUCCUGACCUACGACAAUUUUCCCGCUGUCAUGUACGACGGAUGGAUCGCCGUGGGCGCUUCGUCCCCUGUGUAUGCAUCCCUCGUCAUCAUCAUGGGCGUGUUUAUCGUGAUGAAUAUGUUUUCCGCGAUUUUGGUGCAAAGUGUGAUGGACGGCAACGAAGACAGUGGACCAUGA